CGAAAACAAUGAAGUGAAAUCGACUGAUUCGAAGAAAGUCAAAGGACAAGAAACAGAUCAGUCGAUUACUAAGGUAAAUGAUGACGGUGACCAUGAUAAUGACCACGAUCAUGAUCAUGAAGAUGACGGUGAUCAAAAUAAUGAUCAUGACAAUGAUAAUGAUGGUGAUGAUGAUAACGAUAAGGAUGACCAUGACCAUGAUAAUGAAGGUGAUGAUGACAAUGAUAAUGAUGAUGGUGAUGAUGAUGAUGGUGAUAACGGUGAUAACGAAGAUGAUCGAAAGGAGACACUGGGGGUAUACGAGCUAAAGAAGGGGAGCCUGACUGUUAAAUUUACUAAUCGCGGUGCUUCUAUCAUAUCUCUACUUUUCCCCGAUAAAAGUGGAAAGAUGGAUGACCUCGUUCUUGGGUAUGAUAGCCUCAAUGAGUACAUGAAUGAUACCCUAUUUUUUGGAGCGACUGUGGGACGUGUAGCUAAUAGAAGAGAAAAGACUGGUGCCAACGAUGCCAAAAACACAAAUCAUGGUGGAAAUAAAGGGUUCAGUGAUGCGAUUUGGAGAGUUGCGAAACACAUCUAUUAUGGCAAGAAACCUUAUAUUGUUUUCACCUACACAAGUCCUGAUGGCUUUAAAGGAUACCCUGGGAAACUUGACGUCACAGCGACGUAUAAGCUGGUAGGAGAAAACCAACUAAAAUUGGUGAUGGAAGCAAAGGCUAGAGAGAAAGCAACUCCUGUUAAUUUAGUUCAUCAUUCUUAUUGGAAUCUUGGUGGUCAUAGCAACGGUGAUAUAUUGUCUGAAGAAAUUCAAAUUCUCGGUUCCGGUUAUGCUCACGUCGACGAUAAUCUCAUUCCCACCGGAAAAAUCCUCUCCGUUAAAGGAACAUCAUACGAUUUUCUCAAACUCCGUCCUAUUAAAGAUAACAUUAAUGAGAUUAAACUAGGGCACGGUAUAAAUUAUUGUCUAGACGGUGUUGCUAAUCAGAUGAGAAAAGUCGUGGUGCUGGUGGACAAAAAAUCGAAGAGGAAAAUGGAGUUAUCUACAGACCAGUCUGGUCUAAAGUUCUACACUGGAGGAAACUUAAAGACCAUGAAAGGAAAAAAUGGAUCGGUUUACCAAGCUUACUCCGGUUUAUGUCUAGAAACACAAAGUUUCUCCAAUGCAAUUAAUAAUCAGUAUCUUCCUUCGCAGAUAGUUCAACCGGGGGACAAAUAUAAGCAUACUAUGCUCUUUAAGUUUUCGAUUGUUCCUAUUAGUAUAGAAUAUCGGUUGGUUUAAGUUUGGUUUAUUAUCGGUUUAAGUCUCCUUUAGCUUAACCGGUACUAUAUAUAUGUAUCAGGAUACAAUGUACAGUGUAA